AGUGUGAUUAGAGUUUAAUGGGGUCACAUUUACAAAAAAAUCUUAUAACAUUGUAUUCAAUUAUCAAUUAAAUUUUCUUAAAAAUAUUCAGUCAAGUAGUCAUUCAUCAAACCAUUAGUUAUUAGAUUUGUACCUUACAUUUUUUGUAACUCAUUAUUGAAAAGUGACAUUUCAAUAACUAGCUAAAAUAAAUAGUUCCCAAGCAAAAUCUACUACACACGUUUUAUAAAAACAUAUUUGAUGACAAAGAAAUUGUAUAUUGAUAGGAAAAAUUUGUUGAACUAAGAGCUUUUUAGAUAUAGCUGGAGGUUUUUGUAUACAUAUUUAGUAGAAUUAGAAAUUUUUAGAAUAAGGACCAUAAAAUUGGGUAUUUUCAUUGAUAUAUGACCAAUAUAGUCUCAUUUAUUUGUGUGUUUCAUAAUACUAGGACAAUUAAAUUCCAUAUGAAUGGGGUCCUGAAUUCUAAAUCUACCCAAAUUAAACAAGUAUGUACAUACAUAUAACCAUUUUAAUUUAUCCAAGUGGGGUCCUAGGACCCCACUCCCUUCCACCUUCUCUGCCACUGAGUCCAAUAACUUCUACUAAUGUACCAAUAACGUAUCGUAAGUAUUGCAUGUGCAUGGCUGUCUGUUUAUGUAUGAGGGAUGGAAUUAGGAUUAGGACUGACUCCAUCGCCCGCACUCAGGAGUUGCAAGGAAGCGGGAGAAAUUGGAUCACUUGUCAGGGGGAAGUUGCUGCUCGAGAUGUCAUCUUCACAAGGAUUAGUGAUUGCAGAAGAUCCUAAAUUGAACUCCUUCACUUAUGUGUUGUUGUUAGUAGGCUUGAGACGGAUGCUUAUUUAUGAAUUGUUAAGAGUGAUCUCCUGCGAGUGAGCAAGUGGGAAAACAGGGAGAGCAAAGUCAACUUACUACAACAACAUCUAGAUUUCCAACUUGACAAUGAGCAAAAUAUUUGGAUAAACUAAGAAGGUCUUUGAGCUUCACAAUUUAAUAAUUGAAAACACUUUGGAUCCAUCCGGCGGAAAACCCAUUUCAGGCGAAUGAUCAUUUUGCCACUCCAACCUCAAGUGAUAACGUAAAAAAUCGAGAGAAGGAUAGUUCAUCAAGCAAAGAAAUGCUUACCGUGGACUGACAAUUGGUCAAUUGCUGAAUCCUUAAUAUAUUCAACUGGGUUUGAUCAUCGCUUUCCUUCCCUUCCCUAGUAGCUUCUCAAGUUCCAGACUUUGAGUAAGGAAACAGAGAGACAGAGAGAUGGACGAGCGACCCUUAAUCGCCGCCGGCGACCGAAUAUCAGCACUGCCGGACGAAAUCUUACACAACAUCCUCUACCGUCUUGACGACCCGGGACAAGUGGCGAGAACCAGCUCGCUGUCCCGAAGAUGGCUCCAUCUCUGGCGAACUUACCCGGUGCUGGAGGUCGACUACCAAUCCUACACGAAGUUCGCCGGAUUCUCCGCCGCCUCGGCCCGAAGGAUUACUCUGUACUACGAGAACUGCAAGGCGCCGCUGGAUUCAUUGAGGCUCUCACUGGAAAUUCUCCACCCCUCAAUUCUCCGGUUCACGAGUAAAGACGACGUCCGCACGCUGCUAGCUGCGGCGUUGGGCGGCGGCUACGGAUCCCCGCUCGAUAUCGCGAUCAGAUUCGGAAUCGACUGCUCCUACAGUUUCCCGGCGGGGUCCUUCUCCAAUUGCGGCCGCACGAAAACUCUCAAGCUCAGAGGUUGCGACUUGAGCGGAGUGGGGACGGUCUCUCUGCUUUCUCUCCGUGUCCUCGAUCUCGAAUACGUCGAUCUCACCCAACAAUUUCUCCACAAUGUCGUCGUCGACAAUGCUCCCAAUCUCGAGUCCCUGACCCUGACGCGAUGUCCGGGAUUGAAGAGGCUGGAGGUCGCAGUUCGCAACUUCCCCAAAUUGCAAACCCUUCACAUCGAUUCGGGUUCAAGAUGGGAACUCCAGCUUACUGCAGCGCCAUUCUUACAGAGUUUGGUCAUCCACGUGGACAAAUCGUUUAAGCUGAAAGCAGCAUCGUCAGCUUCGGCACCGAAUCUCAGAUGUCUGGUGAUCAGCAGCCUCUUCAAGCAAUUUGCGAGGCCGGAUCACGAGGAAUUCAUCUCUAAGCUGCCAUCUCUGGAGAUUCUAAAGCUGUCGGGUGUGUGCCUUAGCGACGAGUAUCUCCGUAGCCUCAUGGACAAAGCUCCUCUGCUCCGGACAGUGAGAUGUAAGCAUCUCCCUCUGAAGGAAAUGGUGGAGAUAUCUGGUCACGAGUCAGUGGAAGACGACGACAACGACGACGAGGAAGUGUCGUAUAUUUUCCGUAUGGUGCUCUAAGAAUCUGAUGAAGAGCCAUAACUCGAAGAAACUGAGGAUGAGAAGUUGGUAAUGUUGAAGGACAUCAAAUGGUGGUGAUAAGAUACUUCAGGCGAUAAUGGUGGUGGUGAUGAUGCACAACAUGGUAAUGAGUAAUGACAAUGGUUUUACAUGGUGGUGAUGAUGAUAAUGAUGCAAGUUAGGUGGUUUUCUACUCUUUAGGGUUGGAAUCUUGAAUAUGUUGUUGUUAAGUUUUGCACUUUCAUGUUUGUUACGGUCUUGUUAUAUUUGUUAAAAAUUUGCGAGUUUUCGAGAUUAAUUGUAGGACACUAAUUAAGUAAUUUAUUUAAAACUUCAUCAAUUUAUUUAAUAACUUGAUUGAAAUUAC